AUGGCCAGAAAGCGGCGCCAGUGGUCGGCAGCAGAGACAAGAGAGUUAUACAAUGUGCUCGACGAGAGUGCCAGAAAAGGCUCCACCCCCUUCGCUCAGUUGAUGAGAACCCUCGAACAGCAACUCCUAAAGAGUCUGAAGAAGGGGGAGUCGCGGUUGAGCGAGAAGCAAGUCAAGACCAAGCUACAAGGACUAGGGAAGAUGGCCGGCGUCAGUGCUGAGAAGCUCGUCAGCGAAUGGCCUCGACAUCGACCACAGUUUGCUGCCAAAACCCACCACCAACAAAGUGCCUCUCCGUCAUCAAGGGCUUCGACCCUGCGAAGCAGAAGUUCAGGUACACCACAGGGCGCAGAGCAGCCAUCGCCGGACUCCCCAUCACCAGCCACCAACGAUGUGCCUGCCCCAGCCGCUGAUGAUCCCAUCUCACACUCGCGAGGAAAUUCAUCACAGUCUGUCUUCAGGCAGUUCAGAAAAGAAGACACCCCUCUCCCUCCAGAGCCCUAUGAAUCUGAUGUUACCAGGAGUAUCCUAUAUAGCGCAAAAAUUCCCAAGUACGACUCUUUCGAUCACGCACUGACCAAGGCCUGGGAGCACUCUGGGAAAUGCAGGCUUUACGACGACGACUACACUAUCAAGGAGGUCGCCCAUUACCACCUCGGUGAGCCUGUACUUGAUACGGAACGUGGCGUCGAAGCCUUUUGUCAAGGGUUUCCCAUUGCUCAUUUGACAUGGUCCAACUUCACCCGCGCUUCACUCAGACUAGGCGAGAUGCUAUGCGGCAUGUGGGACCGAGGUUUUGUAGAGACAACCUUGAACGUUCUUCUUGCCGACCCGUUCAUGAACACUCAGAUUGUUCUUCGCGCAUUCGCUGGGAUGGCGAUCUUUGUUUGGGUGUUCGUGGAUCAAGACUGCUUGUGGCGUUACGACCUUCCGAGUCCGAUUCCAAAGCCGAUAAUAAAUGGUAAUGUCCUUAGGUUUUGCGAACAAUAUUUACCUCUAUUUACGGAAUCAAUAAAGCGGGAAGAAAAGUUGACUUAUCUGGAUCUCGUCAUCAAACCCAUGAUUCCGGGACUUGCUCGUCAGUUUGCACAGGAUCUGUUUGACGUUUUCAAGAGUAUCUGCGCUCCUCCGGCUCCGCCUCAGCAGGUGGAACCAUGGAAACACUCAACCACAGAAUCUCAGGAAGCGAGUGACGGAGGACUCUCGGAACACAGGCAGCACUAUCAGAUGGAAGCUUUGCACCAAUUCGAGCAAUCUUUCCUGAAGAGCCUGGAGCUGGCCUUCAUGAUGCGAAGAGCUGAAAACGAAAAAUACCAGAUGGAGUACCCCAAGAUUGGCGCGAGCUUCAACCACGAAUCGAUGACUCCGGCAGAUAAAAUAUCGGAUGGGCGGAAACUGACACGGGGAAACAGGGUGGCCCUUUGUCUGUGCCCGACGUUGUGGCAGACCUGGGGACCGCCCCAGGACAGGAAGAGACAAUGCAUCCACAAGGCCCUCGUCAUGGUUGAAGGUUUGGGCCGGGAUGAGACCAGCCAAGGGUAUCCUAGAGUUGUAGAUCUCGGAUAG